AUGAUAUGGCGGUUGGCGGUCGUGGUCCUGUCUGGGUUGGUUGCCAUGGUGACAGCUCAGGAUGUUAUAACGACUCUGGAACGUUGUGCCACAGACCCCACCUACAAGCCACCAAGUAACUCGGACAUGACUGUGACGUGUCACACUGAGAGGAUGAUGCUGAGCAUCCUGCUGUGUCCGAUGUACUUUAGCGGCUACAACGAGUCUCUGAUGGCCCUUAAUGCAAGGUUCCGGUCGGAGUGUAGGGGCACCGCAGACCUGGCAGCGGAUCCUCCAGUACUGAAGUUUACUAUCGACUUGGACGAGGCCUCGAUUAAACAGUGUGGCUGCAUACUCAAGACUAUGACUGAGCCUGGUACUGGUAUCUUCUCGGACUACUCGAGUGUGCAGUAUGUGAACAUCUCAGGCAUCGUCAACGCCCUCGAUCCCACAGCCGGCACCAUCACCUAUAAAGAGGAGAUCAUGUACCUCUUCUCCUGCCAGUACCCUCUGCAGUACUUCGUCAACAACACGGAGCUCAGCGUUUCUGGCGUGAAUCUGGCAGUGAAGGACAACAACGGCAGCUUUAUCAGCACUCUCAGCAUGAAACUCUACAAGGACCAGUUGUAUACCCAGGACAUGAUUAUGCCAGACAAUGGACUCCAGCUGAAGACCCGAAUCUUUGUGGAGAUCAAAGCCACCAAUCUCACCAGCAGGUUCAACGUGCUGCUUGAUCGCUGCUAUGCCAGUGUCAGCCCUGCCCCUACCAACAGCACUUACUACGACCUGUUUGUGGGGUGUAACCGUGAUCCCCAGACGGUGGUGCAUGUGAAUGGAAUGACCCAGAAAGCCCAGUUCUCGUUUGAGGCGUUCCGUUUCACUGAGCACAAGAACCGAACCAUCUCCACGUUCUACCUGCACUGCCUCACUCGCCUCUGUGAAAACGCAACCUGCGCAUCUAUGAUGCCGGUCUGCACCAACAGGAGGAGGAGGGAGGCGGAGCCUGUAUUGACCUAUCGGACGAAGAGGCAAGUGGAGAUGGCUGACUCCGUCGAAGUGACAACAGUGUCGUCUGGACCAAUCGUGACCAGAGCCGACGCCCCUCCUACUAGUGCUGCUUCUCAAGGACUGGUGGGCAUGUCAAACGCAUUGGGCUCGAAGGACAAGAGCAGAGACGAAUCAAGCGCUCUGAUUGGUGUUGCCGUAGCAGCAGGAAUCCUGAGCGUCGUGUGCAUCAGCAUGGCCGUCGCCAUGGUGUGGCGGAGGACGAAACACUAGACCGGGGACGGGGUCUGAUGAUGUCACAGGAAGUGUGCUUGCCCCGCAAGAGACUCUCCACCAAUCACAGAGCACAGCUGCUGACUUUGUACUCCUCAUGCGUCGCUACUGUCCCUGAAACCUGUAUAUGAUAAAUUACCACCUACUCGUCUAGAUCCACUAGUGUGAUAUAUUGUUAUUGGCAUUUUGGGGACUGCUAUGAUUAUUUGGGAUAAUUUGUUUUAGAUGGGGCACGGGUCAGUCUUCCUGAAUCUCUCCUUGAGAUUUUUAUUCCUGAUGUGAUGGGCUGAUGGGAAGACAGUUAUUCACUCAUUACUACAGACGGUCAUCUACACUUCCUUUUUAUUCCUAAUAUGAUUGGCUGGAAAGCUUCACUUUAUAUUUCGAAUGUCAUUUUAUUUCAAAUGUAAUCCUCAGGGGGUGUUAAGAGGGUCCUGCGUGUCAUGACAGUCUGCGAGUGUUUUUGUCAUUGAAUGGGACUUAACACUAUUCAGAAAAAUAGCCUUGAGUUAUAUGUCCAAGGCAAUUUACAGUAAAAGACAAUGUGAAUGGCGCGUAAUAAUAUCAAAGGCAUAAUGCUGCAAUGCCUCAGCUUGGAAAGUUGACCAUAAUCAGCCCCACAUUUUCUACUCAUACAUUUACAUUUGUAAACAGGAGGCAUACUGUAUUACCAUAUAUGUUUUUAGAUGAUGUCUCUAAAGACUUUUGGACCUUGGCAGAUACCAGGGAAAAUGGCAAGAGUACUUAAGAGUAGAGUAGA